UCCCUCCGGACCCGCUGACCGCCUGGCUCCCAAAUCGAAGCGCUUUCAUCGCUCAGCGAGCCCCGCGCCGCCGCGCCGUGCCGCCUCCCCCGCCGGAGGGACCCCGAGAGCGGCAGGGCAGGAGGGGCCGGGGCGGGGCCGAAGCGAGCGGCCGGGCUGGGCGCGCACCGGGAGAAGCAGCCGCCCGGGAGCUGGGCGCGUUCGGGUGCCCGCCUCGCUCCACGCCCGCCGGCGGCCGGAGUUUGCGCUCCUGGGGCUGGGGGCUAGGCCCGGCGCCCCAGGCUGCUCGCCCCGGGAUGGGGGCUCCGCGCUGGGCGCGGCUCUGCCUGCUGCUCCUGGCGGCGGUAACGCUGUGGGUGCUCCUGUGUGGGCACGACCGAGACGCGCAGGCUCCCCCGAAGCCCAGCCUGCUGCAGCAAGAGUCGCUGCUGUUGGUGCCUGGAGGGAUGUCCCGACAUGCUGGGAACCAUGACCUGAGCAGAGAAAGCAGCAUGGUCAGAGGGAAGCCAUCUAAAUAUUCUUCUGAGCCUGGCAAGGCUAAACCCACCAAGGAACAGGCCAGCUCAUGCCCCCAGUCACUGACGUCAAAAGUGAAAGCGGACCCCAGGUUUGGGAAGCUCUUUCGAUUCCACAUCCCAGUGCUGAUGUGGGCGCGGCACGUCACCCAGGAGACCCGGAACAGACUGAAGGAGCGCAGCGUCCCAUAUGGCUGGCAGGGCUUGUCCGACACAGCCAUUGUUUCCACCUUGCAUCUGCUCAACGACUCUGCCAACAGCUGGCUGUUUGACAAACCCAGGUUCCCUGAAGGCUGCGUCCGCUGCGCCGUGGUCGGGAAUGGAGGGAUUCUCAAUGGAUCCCGGCAAGGCAAGGAGAUAGAUGCCCAUGACUUUGUUUUCAGGCUAAAUGGGGCUGUGAUCAAAGGCUUUGAAGAUGACGUCGGGACCAAGAUAUCCUUCUAUGGUUUCACGGUGAACACAAUGAAGAAUUCCCUGAUCGCCUACGGAGAGUAUGGCUUCACCCAGAUACCCAAGUCCAAGGACCUGCGGUAUAUUUUCAUCCCCUCGGACAUACGCGAUUACGUCAUGCUGAAGUCAGCCAUACUGGGCAGCCGUGUCCAAGAGGGGUACGACAGAGGCGAUGACCCGCGGACAUAUUUUGGACCAGAGACAUCUGCAAAAAAGUUCAAGCUGCUGCACCCAGAUUUCAUACAUUAUCUAACAGUGAGAUUUCUGAGAUCUGAAAUAAUAAAUACUCAGUAUGGGUAUCUGUACAUGCCCAGUACUGGUGCCCUCAUGCUACUGACAGCUCUACAUACCUGUGACCAGGUCAGUGCCUAUGGAUUUAUCACGGACAAUUACCGAAAGUUUUCAGACCACUACUACGAGCGGGAGAAGAAGCCUCUGGUGUUCUAUGCCAACCAUGACAUGCUGCUGGAGGCGGAGCUGUGGAAGAGCCUGCACAGGACAGGCAUCAUGAAGCUGUAUCAGCGGUGAGGCUGGGUGGCACGUCCCUUCUUGCUGUAACGAAAGUAGUCCUUCUCCUCUUCCCCAAGGGCUCCCUUCUCCCUGGCAGGGGCCGUCCAGAAUUCAUGGGUAAAGGUGGCAAACAGAGAGCUCACCCAAAGCCAGCCUUACAAGCUGGAGAUUGCAUGAAUUGCAAGGCUGCCUUCUGAGAGCCGAGGGUGCUGCCUGGAGGAUUCUGCUCAGAUGUUGCUGAGAUGGCAAAGCAAGUGUGGUGAGGUCUCUUUCCAGGGAACCUGCUGAUUGGCUCAAGACAACAGACCCCAGACAUGCCCCAGUUCCUCCCAUCAAAUAUGAGACCUGUGGGGAGCAACUUCUGACACUAGGAAAUGAAAAGACAUUUCAGCAGCAAUAAGCCCGAAUGUUCAAUGCGUGUCUCCCAAAGGGGUGUGAUGGCCCUAAGAAGAUGAUCGCUCACCAGCAAAUUCCAGCUUCUCAUCGCCUUCAAGUGUUACAUGCUGAGCACAGAGC